AUGCUGGCAUGGCAAAGGACUGCCCGGAGUACAAGUGUUCAGCUUGAGAAUACAGUCUGGUUGUCAAGCAUUCAGCGUUGGUCUUCUACAAGAUCGGAACAUCCAGAAUACAACUAUGAUGCAGCCAGAGAUUGGUUCAGAAAUCAAUAUUCCCCAGACACCUUGAGCAAGAUUGGAGAAGUGACCUACAGUCGCUCCAGCGGGCCUGGAGGACAGAAUGUGAACAAAUUGAACUCCAAAGCUCAGCUGCGGGUACCUCUAGACCAACUCUUUCCAUUGAUACCAACGGUGUUGCACAAAGGCGUUCUCUCCUCGCGAUACUGUGCGGGAAAGUCCUCGUCUAUCCUCAUUCAAGCAGACGACAGUAGAAAGCAGCAGGCCAACAAAGAAACCUGCUUUCGAAAGCUGAACGAGUUGAUUGCUGAGGUGUACAGCCAUUCGGUGCCCGGGGAGACAUCAGAGGAACAGAAGCAAAAGGUGGAACGACUGCAAAAGAAGGAGAAAGAGGCAAGGUUAAAGGCCAAGAAACUGCAUUCAAGUAAGAAGGAGUCGAGGGGGAAACCUAGAUUCGACUGA